AUUCAACUCAACAGUCAACGUACUAGACCUGCUAGUUCGUACGAAAUUGGCUUUUAACAUUUUCGCGCUUGAUGUUUAGGAUAUUUUCUUUUCUAGAAGGGUCUGUAGUGUAAGUUAUAAUUAACCAUGUUCUACAUUUUAUCAUUUAUUGUGGCCUUAUUGUACGUGUUCUUUGAUGUGAAUUACUUCUUGAGGACAAUAUUUACAGUUGUAAUUGGAAGGUUAUUCGAAAAACGGGUUAAAAUCACCGACCCCACAACAAUUUAUGGCUUCUGUUUCACCCAAGACUUGGACAUCGCGGGGCGUCACAUGAACAACGCACGGUUCGUCAGAGACUUGGACUUCUCGCGGUUCCACUUCUAUGAUCGAACUGGCCUGUACGCUGAAAUGCGUCGGAGACAUACUGAUGCUGUGCAAGCGGCCACGAGCAUCCGAUACCGUCGCGUCAUACCUAUCUUCACAUUCUACAAGAUCGAAUCCCAGUUGCUGUACUGGGAUGAGAAGGCCUUCUAUGUGGAGCAGAGGUUUGUGACACCUCAUGACGGGUUCGUGCGUGCAGCUGUCCUCAGCAAGCAGGUGAUGUUGCGCGCUCGUGCGGACGAGAUGGUGACUACUCUCUGUGGUGGACAAGUCGAGAAGCCGGCACUCACUCCGGAUCUGGAUCUGUGGAUCAAGAGUAUGGAAGCGUCGAGUGAACGACUCAGGCCUCACAAGAGUUGAAGAUCCCUGUGCGCAGUGUUGACGCUGUUUUCGUUCUUUGAUUCCUCGGUUGUUGGUGUUAGUGGGUGAUUUCUGUUACUGGUAGUGUUUACAAGGUGGGAUAUAGUCGAGUAGUGUACCAAAGUGCUCUAGUGCCUGUGUAUUCAAGGUAUUAUGCAAGCUGCUUUUUUUGCAAUAUUAGGAAAUGUUGCAAAUAUUUAUCAAUCGUUUUACUAUUUACUUUUGUUUAGCCAAUCAAUAUCUCAAGAAUUUAUAUUUUUUUCCUCUUGUAAAACCAUUUUGGUCCAUUUCAAGCACUUACUAUUCUAAGAAUAAUUGCUUUAUUUUAUACUUGAUGUGUUCUAAACAUCUUAUAACAUUAUCAUUUUUCUCAGUUCAUGCACAGUUGAACUGUAAUACUAAUAUUACUAAUUUUUUUUUUAAUUUGGGUUUUAUUUACACGUGUAACUAUUUGAAAAAGAAAUGUUCACUAGCUAAGAAGUUCAAUCCAAAUCUAAUGUAAGGAUGUUGUUCAGAAAGUAAUUUACAAGGUGUUUUCAAGUACUGUAAGUACUAUUUGGAAUUCCACAGGUGCAGGGCUGCAAUCAGUGUCCUGCGCUUGUGCUGUGUAACUUCUUAUGUUAGCAAGCCACAGACACAAUUACGGCAAAAUUCUAUCGUUUUUACACCUGUUAAUGCAUAUUUCAAAUGCCCCCAUCAAUUGGGAAUUCCACUGACUGUGAAGUACGUUUUCUAAGCGCUAAAUGUUUCAGAGCAGUUGAUAUUCACUGUCAGAACUGUGAAGUGUAUGGACAAAACAUCGUGAGUGACGAAAUGAUUUUCAAAUGGGUAAGAGUUGGCCAAAAGAAUGUUCAUGAUGUGAGAAACGAAAUUAGACGAUCCUCAAUUAUAUUCAACGGUUUGGUACAGAAAGUGAAUGAUAAAGUGAAAAUGAACAGACGCUUCACAAUUUCUUUGUUGGAGUUUCAUAGUGUGUUCUCUGUACUUUUAUUGAGUGUUUAAACUAUUGAUAAAUAUGUUUUGCUAUACGAGAAUGUCCGUCCACAUGUGGCAAAAUGAACUUAAGAUCUCGUCACAGCAUUCACAGCAUUUUGUUAGGAACAAUUUGAUAAGCUCCUAAACAGUCCCAAUUUAAUGCCUAGUGACUACCAUUUGUUUUUUUUUUUAUCAGAAGAAAAAUUUUGAAGGUCAGCGCACCACAACGAUGACAAUAGUGUAAAAAUUAACAUGUUGCAGUAUUUUAUCAUCAUGGCUGAUUGAUUUAAAAUGGCUGUAAAAUCAGUCAGCCAUUUUAAAUAGGGAUGGGAUUAAUUACAUGUGACAAAUUUUAAAUUAAACAAAAAUUACAUUUUUAGUUUUUAGCAUUUUUGUAAUGCUCUUACAACUGUGUAUUUUUAAACAGUAUUUUACAAAUUAAGGACCAUAUAAGUAUAAAACUAAUUAUUUAGGUUUCAUAUUUGCUGUGCAUAACUAAUUGAAA